UCGAUCGUCAAAUUACACCCUUUAAAAGCAUUCAACUACUGAUCUCUUCAUCUACUGAUCUCACAUAGUAUGGGCAAUAUACUUUCAAGAGCAUCAAUUUCAGAAAGAAAUAGCAACAACAAAAGGACGCAUAAUGAUGUUGAGAUAGAACCUUAUACUCGUCUGAAGCGAGCACGACGCCCGGGUAGCUCUGAAGGUGAAAAACGAGAAGCCAUUAACGUUAAGGAGAGUGAUGUUGGCAUUGUCGCAUAUGUGAAUCCCAACCUCAAAGGAUUUCAUAGUAUUUUGAAAUACAUGCCAGAGGAUUUUCUGGUGAACGAAGUAGAUAUGGAUAAUAAUAUCGUUUAUUUGACGUCUGUAGCUCCACCUGACAUCAAGAAGAAAGAGCCAAUAGAAAAAACUGAAAUAUUUUCAGCAAAGAAGUUUGACAAAGAGGUCAGCAGAAUAAUUGACGAAGACUUUGCAAUCCAAUUACGCAAGUUUUUGAACAAUCCAAAACAGAUUGAUGCAACAAUAAGUUAUCCGACGGAUAAACAUAAGCGCUUAGAAUUUUACAAACUUGUUGAGGAACACUCGGAUGCAAAUAUAACAUAUCACGCCAGAGAAGGAAAGCUUAUUGUAGGAUGGCUCGAUUCCAGAGAUGCAGAUGAAUUUAUUGAUUGGAAAAAUGUGGGUGGAGAUUAUCUGCAAAUGACCAUGCACAAGGCUGGUUGGGAUACGAUGAACGCAAUCAGUCUUAUAUCCAAGAGAACAGGUAUACCUAACAAGACAUUCUGUUUUGCCGGUACAAAGGAUGCUCGUGCCAUUACAACUCAAACUCUCACCUUGAAGAAUGUCAAACCAAAGCGUGUGCUUAAUGCUCAAAAGGAGCUACAAGAAUAUGAUAUAUAUAUUGGUGAUUUUAAAUACGUACCUAAAGGUUUGACUUUAGGUGAUUUGAAAGGCAACCACUUUACGAUAGUUCUUCGCGACGUGAAAGGGGCAAAUGAAAACGAGUUGGAUAUUGCCCUACAAUCUUUACGCGACAAUGGCUAUUUAAACUAUUUUGGUAUGCAACGAUUUGGAACAAGUAGCGUAUUAACACAUACAGUAGGCUGUGCAAUUAUGAAGAAACAAUUUGAAUUAGCUUCAAAUUUAAUCCUUAAUCCUCGAGAUGGUGAUAGCGAAAGAUACAAUGUGGCUAGGCAAAUAUGGAAAGACACUCAUGAUGCCAAAGCUGCUCUUGAGGCCUUUCCAAGAAAAGCUUUCGCCGAACAUAAGUUACUUCGUAGUUAUACUAAGUUUCCUGAUAAUCAUGAAAAGGCAAUUAAAAGUUUGCCAAAGCAUAUGCUUUCGCUUUAUUCCCAUGCUUACCAAUCGUAUAUUUGGAACCGAGUUGUUUCAGAAAGAGUUCGUCUAUUUGGAAGCGAUAAACCUCUCGCAGGCGAUUUAGUGAUGAUUGAUAACCCUCAUAUUUUGGAAAGAUAUUGUAUCGACGACAACAGAGGUAGACGUAAUUUUGCUGAGCGUAAAAUCCCGAAAGUACUAACUGAAGACGAUAUACAGCUAUAUACCAUUCAAGAUGUGGUCUAUCCUCUGCCAGGAAGAUCCACCGUAUAUCCUGAGAAUCAGAUGAAAGACAUUUAUAUAAAAUUCAUGGCGGAAGAUGGUAUUUCUAUCGAUAGACAACAUAAGCAUUUCCAGGAUUUGAGCGGUGACUACAGACUGAUGCUAUCAAAGCCUGAGCAAAUGAGUUGGUGCUUUCUCAAAUAUGAUGAUCCUUCUGAAAAGCUUUGUAAUACCGAUAUCGAUCGUCUCAACAAAAAGACAGAACCUUCAGGUGUACCUGGUAACCUAUACUUUACAUCUGUUUCCUGAUUUAAACUUGGAAGCAGCGUAAUGUUGAUAUUUUUGGUUUUCUUUUUGUUAUAUAGACGGCAAGCACUUGGCUUUAAAGGUUGAAUUUACAUUGGGUACAUCCUCCUAUGCAACCAUGGCCUUGCGAGAAAUCAUGCGAGCGGAAACAUCUUCGCAAGCUCAAUCCCUUAUCUCUCACGAAUAGCAUUUACAAGUUUAUAAUAUCUGCAAAAGGAUUGUGACUAAUAAAUGAUUCGAUUAGUUAUUUUAACGUA